UGAUGGAGCAGCGGACCCAUGUGUUGCUCACUCACACACUUGCCAAUAGCCUAAAUUGUGUUUUCAGAUUAUAAAAGACAGACUCGAUGAAUUUGAACGAUGCUAAAAAUGAAAUUCUGCAGGUGUUGUCCAAAACGGACAGACAACAUCUCCCAAAGCUGGUCGAAUGGUUAAAAACCUCUGAUGAUCUGGACGAUUUCCUGGUGGAUAAUCAAAGUAUUAUUCUUCAGAGUAUCGCAGAGGACCUAAGGGCUUCCCUACCAUUGGAUGCUAUGGCACCCUCAGAAACCAUGGCUAUACAGAAGACCUGUCAGAAAACUCAUCCCACGGUGCAUGUGGAUGCAUUCUUGUAUGAUGAUGAAAUGGUGGAUUCACUGUGUGAAGAGGGAAAAAUGAGUCGCAACUACUGUCUCAGUUGUGGAUCUCACAGAACAGCACCGUUGGAGUUCAUUUCUCAUUCGUUCUCCAUUCCGGAACUUAAGUUCCUAUUCCACAAUGUUCUUCCAGACCUCACAGGAAAACUUGUGAUGGAUGUGGGAUCCAGACUAGGAGCUGUCUUAUAUGGGGGUUACCUCUACAGUGCAGCAGCUCAGCUUGUGGGGGUUGAAAUAAGUUUGGAGUUUGUCCAACUUCAAACAAUGGCUGUGGAGAAAUAUGGCUUCAGUGAUAGGAUUCAGGUGAUACAUGGAGAUAUCCGAUCUCAGUCUGCCUUAUUGCAGAAUGCAGAUGUUUUAAUUAUGAACAACGUGUUUGAAUACUUUAUGCAACCAAGCGAUCAAAUGCAAGCUUGGCAGUUUAUUAGUCAAAAUUUCCGAAAGAAAGGUGCGCUGUUGGUAACUGUACCCAGCAUUCAAGAGUCACUUGCUCUACUCCAAGAAAAUGUUUCUCUGGAGAUGUUACCGCUCAGCCAGUGGAUAGAGGAAGUACCACUUGAUUACACUGUUUAUGUAAAAAAUGACACAGAUGCCGAUUCUCUCAAGCAAAUUCAUCUUUACAGGGUUCUGUAAUCCUCAGAAGAGAAACUGUAGACUUUUCUGAUAAAGUGGAACCACUGAAUAUGACUAACCUCAACGAGGCAUCAUUUAUGUUAACAGAUUUGUUCUUCAGACUGUAUCUUGUAGUGACAUUUGUGAAAAACAUUGAGUUUGAUGACAUACUGUAUAUUUAACGAAUUUAUGCAAUAAAUGAAAAAGUAAAACACUC